AUGAAGAAACGAUUGUGUAAAUGUCCACCUAAGCUUCAACAAAUUUGCAAGCAGACCAAGGUGACUGAUUGUAAAGAUGUUGCCGAAAUUAUUGAAGCUCUAUCUUAUCAAGCAGAAUGUUCGAAAAAGGAACGAGGCUUUAAACCACCUACAUUUAAAACUAAAGCAUUUAUGCCACGACAUUACAAAGAUACAUGUAUACCAAUGGCGCCAUCUAUGCACACCAGGUUAAGAUAUAUAGGCCAUUGCCCUGUUGAACCACCAAGAAGAUCCGAGGUUAAGACCAGAUUCGAUUUUGGUUUGGAUGACGAAGAUAUUGGUACAUCAGGGAGGGGUAAAAGAGGAAAAAAGAAAGUAACUUAUAUUGAUUUAAUACCAGCAGAUAUUUCAUUACCAGUCCCGGCUCCAGUCAUAAAACAUUCAGCUUCAGACAAAGAUAUAUUUAAUGUACCCAGUCCAAAAAUUAGCGGUGAAGUUAUCCCUGCUCAAAAAACAAUCAUAACAUCUGCUGACUACAAGCCUCCAUUGCCACCAAAAGCGGGAUAUGACUUAUAUAAACCACAUAGCGGUAUAGUAAUUAAUAGAGACAAAAGUUUCGUUCCUGACGCAGUUUUUGCACCUGGCCCAAGAAAGAUAACAAGCGAUAAACCAAAAAGGAAGCCUUGUCAUAAAGGAGGGGUUUGUUUAAGAAAAGAUUGUCCCAGAAAGAAAUGUCGAAAGUAUGCCGCGAUGCGAAGAAAACAAAUGCGAAAGAAGAAGCGAUUAGGUUUACGAACAGAAGUACCAUACACUACUUUGGGUGUUACUGAUGGUAAACCUAGAGCUCGGGGCACACAAAAGCAUAUGAAGGAUGAUGACUCUGUUUGUGGUUUAGAUGAAAUCCCAAAACCUGAACAUGUGCAUAUUCCAGCUAAUCUCAAACGAGGCACACUGCAGACGCAUUCACUGACUGUUUUACCUUGCACAAAAGAAAGAAGACCAGAUGUUCAUUAUGGCAUUUUAACUGGGUCAUUCAAUAUGUAUGACCAAAAAUUUGGGGGUAGAUCAAGAGGGCGACAAGCUCUUACGAUGAGUGUCAUGGCGUACUGCUUAGCAUUUCAUUAUCAUCCGAAACAAUGGACCAUGAAACUUGUUGACAAUUUAAUAGACGCCGGUGAUCAAUGGUAUAUACAAUGCUUAGAAAAAGUGCAUGAUCAUUCAGCUGUUCAAGGAAUGUGCGAAGUGUUGCCUUUUGGGAAGAAACAAACUUUAAUAUUGAACGGAAAGCGAAUGCAAGUGUUGUUAGGUGAACCUGAAAUCGUGGGGUAUACAAUGUCUCUUGAUCCAACUGUUUAUAAUUUAUGUCGAGGAUUAAAGGCAUUCUUUAAAGAAAAUCGAGCUGGAAUCCUACUCACCAGGGUUGUGAAAGUUGUAAUAUGGAGGGAUAAAGUUUGUUAUUAUAUUUUCGAUCCAGCUGGCCGAGAUUCAAGAGCGUAUUCAAACUUCUCUAAUGGAUGUGCUGCUCUUAUAAAUGUGAAAGAUUUGCAAUCAGUUGCAGACGUGAUUUUAGCUCGAGGAGUGGUUGAAGAUCAAAAAUUCGUUUUGGCUCCUGUUAAAGUGCUGAAAAUGAUAGAUGAGAAAUGUCAUGAAGAUUUUGAAUCGGAUAAAGAAUUAACACAGGCAGAAAAGGCUAUGAUGGGAUACAGAAUAUUGAAUGAAAAUUGUGCUAUUGUUAACGCGAAUAUGCAUUUAGGAGACAGAUGUUUUGAAGAUGCAAAAUAUAGACAGGCAAUUCCUAUAGCAGUCGUAGCUAUGACUUAUGCGAAAAUUUCCCCGCCUAAUACCUGGUUUUCAAAAACAUUAGAUAAAGUGCUGCGAUUAGGUAACAAAUUGUAUAUGGACUGCCUUCAUCCCAAAGUAAUGAUAGAUAUGACCAUUGACAAUAUUCCCAACGAGAUAAUUGUCGGGCCUUACGCCUGUGAGAUAAUUAUUUACAGGGAAAGAGUGAAAGGGCAAUUGUUUACGACCAAAGAAUGCAUAUUAAACAUAAAAUCCGGUUUGGAAGAAUUUUUCAGCCAUGAAUAUAAUAGUGGUAUUUUAGAUUUUAAUAACUACGCUUUAGCUAUCUGGAGACAGAAGGAUAUGUACUAUUUGUUUGAUCCUUAUCCUCGGACUAACGAUGGAUUAAGAUCAGUAAAAGUAGGCAAGGCUUGUUGCUGGAUGCUGUUGAAUCCGGAAACGAUGGCUGCUGUUUUCACCAAAAAUUGGGAUUACUUGCCGGUCACUACGCAGUUUUAUAUACAUGCGUUUAAAGUUUUGAAACUAAAGAAGAGGGAACCAAAGGCGCAAAUAGUUUGCACUUUGAGCGACGAGCAAUUGCCAGGUGCGAAAGGAAAGGCGAGAAGGAAAGUUUUACCAAUGAGCAAUGCACAAGGCGAUGGCAAGGAAAUUUUUCAUGAUGUUAUGCCCAGAGAUAAUUUUGAAGGUCCAAUUACAGGCCCUCAAGUUGAUGAAGAGCAAAUGGGCGACAUUAUUUCAUUGGUUGACAGCAUUCAAGAAGAUUACUUACCACCAAUACCACUCAGAUAUAAGAAUGCUGCUCCCGAACCGCUUGAAGAAAAAGUUGUGAACUUGGACUCCCCGACGGUAUCGGUAACGCAAGUGGUGCCUCCGUGGCCGAAGCCCCGGGAUAAGAGUAACGAGUUGCCCGAGCCAGACCCUGACCCUGAACCAACACCUCCCCCCACUCCACCACCUUUACCGCCACCGGAAGGCGGCGAAGAAGAGGAGGAAGAGAUGGGUGAAGAGGAGGAAGACGAAGAGACAAUGAAGAGAAAGAAAGAAGAGGAGGAGAGAAAAAGAGCUGAAGAAGAGGAAGCUAGAAGGAAAGCAGAGGAGUUACCCCCUCCUCUCCCACCGCCGCCGCCUUCGCCGCAACCGGAACCCGAAGUGCCUUUGGCCCCAGCGGAGAUUGUAGAAGAUGAAGUCCAAACGUUGCCGCCUGAGAAUGUAGAUCGACAUAUAUUACUUACAGAAGACGCUCGCUACAGGUUUAAAUUGAGACAACUACGGAAGAAAAUGACUCAACCUUUGACUGAGGAUCAACUGGAAAUCAGCCCAGAGGAAGAGUUGGCGAAACCGAGCAAUUUUAAGAAAUUACCUGACCAUACUCAGAUUAUUCGUGGUUCAUCUGCAAUUAAUGACACUAAAACAUUAGACAUGCUACCCUUCGCUGCCAUCAUGGCUAUUGUGACGUCAUACAAGUACAGUGUGAAUACGUGGACCGUUGGAUUGGUUAAUUUUGUCAUCGAUACCGCUAAGAAACUACAUCAAAAUAAACAGGAGAAAUUUCAACUGGCUCCUGUGCAUAUUAUUCCUAAAAUUGCUAUCGGUCAUCAGGCUUAUCAUGCCAAUAUUGAUGUCGUGAGCGAAGGGCCCACUUGGCAAUUAGAAGAUAUAAUGGUUCGCAAAUUUUUCAAUAAAUACGACAGAGGAAUGGUCACAACAGCAACAUAUAGCUGCGCAUUUUUUAAAAGAAACGGUCUGUAUUAUCUCUAUGAUGGCAGCCCUUGUAAUGCGAUGGGGCUAAGAGAUUUGUCAGGAAAAGGCAAAGCGUGCUUUUUGCGGUUUACAAAUCUUCAUGAUUUAGUUGCAAGGAUUUCAUACAACAAAGAUGGAAAAACUGCAGAACAACAGUUCGUUUUAAGUAGGAUCAUUGUUAGAAGAUUAUUGAAUGAGCCGCGUUUAAAAUUGCCCGAAGAUUACGACUUUGAAACGGGAAUGCCUAAAUCUAAUAAAUCAAAAUUUUCCAUUGUGGACUCAGGAAAAGGUUCGUCGGACAAAAAGAAAUCGUCUGUUGAUUCCGCUCAAGCGAAAAGUGAAACAGUAAUUGGAUAUCAGUUGAUUAAUGGUAUUUAUAGAAUAGAGGGUACCACAGCUAUUAAGGAUAAGAAAUCAUCAUCAGAUGUAAAGGUGUGCCACUUUGUUUGUUUGAUUGCUAUGUUGAUGGCUACAAUGCAUCCCAUAAGAACAUGGGAUCAUUUACUAAUUGAUACAUGUAUUGAAAAAGGUUUAGAAAUUUUCGAAAAAGCUACAAAUAAAAGUGUUUGCGAGAAAAGAGUCAUUAAAAAUAUAAUCUUGGAUGGAAAAUUCAUUAAUGUUAAUAUAAAAAAAAUUUUGGUCAUCAAUGAGAAUCCAGAAAAACGAUUAGACCAAUAUCUUCGGGCGGUAUUAAAAAGGCUACGCUACGUUAUUUGUCGGUUUUCUUCCUGUAAUGUCGUAAUUUGUCAGAAUGAAGGUUAUUACCACUUAUUUGAUCCUUACCCACCACCGUCUGAAAGGACAGAACCCACAGAGGCUGAGAAGAAAAAAGCUGCUGAUGCUGGAACGUCUCUUAAAUCUCCGGGAUCCGUAGCAUCUUGGACAUUAUACAGAAGUUUUGAUGCACUAAUCAACAGACUUCUAAAAAUAGCAUCAGACCCUAAUUCGCCAGAAUUUUAUACUUUCGAGUUAACUUCUGUUAAGAUUGCACCUCGACACUCUGCAUUGAAUUACAGACUUAGUCCACUUUUUAAACCCGAUGAAAAUCCCAACACGCCAUACUUAAAGCGAAAAAGAAUACGUCCCAUAGUUGAUGAGAAAAUGUAUUGGCUUAAUAUUGAAACAAUUCCUUGGUCUCGUAUGAAUCCUGUUAAUGAUUUGGGUUUUGAAAGAAAAACGCCAAAAGCUAUGUGGAAGGAUUGGGACAUUGAGUUUCCAGGAGAUCUGUAUUCACUUUGGGGUUCUGUUCAUCCUAUGGAUGCUAAAUUUGAAGAAGCAUAUCGUGGUAAACAGUAUUUAGCUACUAGUGUAGUCGCAUUAGUAAUGACACAAGCUUGCAAUCUUAGUGCAUGGACUGGUAGUUUCCUUGAUGGUAUCGUGGAAAAUGGUAACAAAUUCCAUUCAAAAUGUCACGCUAAAGUUAGCGGGCAACAAAAUCACGAAAUGGCACUUGAAGAUUUAGACACAAAAUAUGAUGAAAUGUAUCCCUAUUCGUUUUCCUUUAAAUUUGAUAAAGUUAUAUUUGGGUUUGUUUAUAAUAUACAACCUGAUCGAUUUAAUUUGAGUAAAGCGUUGGUCUACUUUUUCGAGAAAAACAAUCUAGGAAUUUUUAUAAGCCCAGCAAAAAAUUUAGCAUUUGGAAGAGUUGGCACGUCUUACUUUAUGUUUGAUUGUCAGAGCCACGGUGCUCCGAUAUUUUGUCCAGGACAAGGUUCUGCGUAUAUAUUAAAAUGUGAAAGUCUGAACAGACUUAUUUACUGUAUGGCAAUAACUUUAAACAUUCGGCGACAUGGACAACAAUUUCAUUUAUAUAAUGUUAAUGUUACUUUAACAGAGUCUUCAAAAUAA